AUGCUUUCUUUCUUGGCAGUCGUCAGAUAUCGCUCUUGUCGACUCUCUACAAAUUCAUAUCUAAGGAAAUCCAAAUUACAUGCCAUCGCAUCCCAAAGAGAAGAAGACAAAAGAAACCAAAACUCCGACAUCACUAUCUACCAAGUAAUAACACCUGAGCCGACAAAUCUCUUACAAAGAAAUCAUCCCCCUGAAGAAAAAAAGAUAAAAGACAGGAAAAAGAAAGUAAACCCCUUUUUUCCUGCCCCCGGAGCCAAUACACUGGAACAUUUUUUGGAGUUAUUUUUUAUUUAUUUGUUUUAA